AAUGUGCACAAAAUUCUUGUGGUCAUUGAGCCACUUUUAAUUGAUGAAGACUACUAUGCCCGUGUUGAGGGGAGAGAGAUCAUUUCAAACUUGAGUAAGGCUGCUGGAUUGGCCACUAUGAUCGCUGCCAUGAGACCAGAUAUUGACAAUAUUGACGAGUAUGUGAGGAAUACAACUGCAAGGGCUUUUAGUGUUGUGGCUUCUGCUCUAGGUAUUCCUGCUCUGCUGCCAUUCCUAAAGGCUGUGUGUCAAAGUAAGAAGUCCUGGCAAGCUAGGCACACGGGUAUUAAGAUUGUUCAACAGAUAGCCAUUUUAAUUGGCUGUGCUGUACUGCCACACUUGAGAUCUUUGGUGGAGAUCAUUGAACAUGGUCUCAACGAUGAGAACCAGAAGGUCAGAACAAUUACAGCACUUUCUUUGGCAGCUCUUGCUGAGGCUUCAUCCCCGUAUGGUAUAGAGAGUUUUGACUCUGUAUUGAAACCUUUGUGGAAAGGUAUCAGAUCACACCGUGGAAAGGUCUUGGCUGCAUUCCUUAAGGCAAUUGGUUUUAUCAUUCCAUUGAUGGAUGCUCUUUAUGCUAGCUACUAUACAAAAGAAGUCAUGUUUAUUUUAAUUCGAGAGUUCCAGUCACCAGAUGAAGAAAUGAAGAAGAUUGCUAAAGUGGUUAAACAGUGUGUUAGCACUGAGGGUGUUGAGGCUGAUUAUAUCAGAAGUGAUAUUCUUCCAGAGUUCUUUAGGAACUUCUGGGUCAGGAGAAUGGCACUGGAUAGGAGAAAUUACAAGCAGCUUGUAGAGACUACUGUAGAGAUAGCCAACAAGGUAAGCGUUGCUGAUAUAGUGGGUAGGAUAGUGGAGGAUCUCAAAGAUGAGAGUGAACCCUAUAGGCGUAUGGUUAUGGAGACUAUAGAGAAAGUGGUGACCAACUUGGGGGCAGCCGAUAUUGAUGCUCGUUUGGAGGAACUUCUUAUUGAUGGAAUUCUUUAUGCUGUUCAAGAGGAGACGAGUGAUGAUGCCAAUGUCAUGCUUAAUGGUUUUGGCGCUGUGGUCAAUGCCCUUGGCCAAAGGGUCAAGCCUUACCUCCCUCAGAUAUGUGGUACAAUCAAGUGGCGUUUGAAUAACAAGAGUGCAAAAGUAAGACAGCAGGCUGCCGAUCUUAUCUCUCGAAGAGUGGUUAUGAAACAGUGUGGAGAAGAGCAGCUUAUGGGUCACUUGGGUGUGGUUCUGUAUGAGUACCUCGGAGAGGAGUAUCCUGAAGUGCUGGGUUCAAUCUUGGGAGCACUUAAAGCAAUUGUUAAUGUCAUCGGUAUGACUAAGAUGACUCCCCCAAUUAAAGAUCUGCUCCCCAGGUUGACUCCUAUUCUAAAGAACAGGCAUGAGAAGGUCCAGGAGAACUGCAUUGAUCUUGUGGGGCGUAUUGCCGACCGUGGAGCAGAAUUCGUUCGUGCUAGAGAAUGGAUGAGGAUAUGCUUUGAGCUUCUGGAGAUGCUCAAGGCUCACAAGAAAGGCAUUCGAAGAGCCACUGUCAACACCUUUGGCUACAUUGCCAAAGCUAUUGGACCUCAGGAUGUUUUGGCUACUCUUCUGAACAAUCUUAAGGUUCAAGAGCGACAACAUCGUGUUUGUACCACCGUGGCUAUUGCCAUCGUUGCUGAGACUUGCUCACCUUUCACCGUUUUGCCGGCACUCAUGAAUGAAUACCGUGUUCCAGAGCUGAACGUGCAGAACGGUGUUCUGAAAUCUUUGUCUUUCCUCUUUGAGUAUAUAGGUGAAAUGGGGAAGGAUUACAUCUAUGCAAUGACUCCUCUCCUCGAAGAUGCUCUUAUGGACAGGGACCUUGUUCACCGGCAGACUGCAGCUUCUGCUGUGAAACACAUGGCUCUGGGUGUUGCAGGUUUAGGUUGUGAAGACGCAUUGGUGCACCUUAUGAAUUAUGUCUGGCCCAAUAUCUUCGAGACUUCACCUCACGUCAUCAACGCUGUUACAGAAGCUAUUGAAGGGAUGCGAGUUGCAUUGGGUGCUGCUGCAGUACUGAACUAUUGUCUGCAGGGUUUGUUUCAUCCUGCAAGGAAAGUCAGGGAAGUCUACUGGAAGAUAUACAAUUCCCUUUAUAUCGGUGCACACUGCACAGGAUGCUCUUGUAGCUGCUUACCCCACACUGGAGGAUGAAGGAGAGAACAUUUAUAGUAGACCUGAGUUGUUGAUGUUUGUGUAAAGGUCUGGAUCAGUGAUAUGUGUGUGUGGGGUGAAAAAAUGUCAAAGAAAGAAGGAUAUAGACAAGUUGUGGUUCUUUAUGCUAACAGUGGAAGAGUUAUUAGAGAAAGAAAAUGAAAAACGAGUUUGAUUGAUGCAUGAGUUGCAAUAGCAAGUAGCAACACUUAUUCUGUAAAUUUGUAAGAGUGGUUAUAUUCUAGUUCUAGGAAUAAAAGCUUUGGGUUUAAAAUCUCAGUUCAAACUUCAA